GUUGUAAUGUUGUGUCAAAAUGUAUGCAAAAGUGUUUCGCAAAUCAUUUCAAUUCAAACCUCUAUUAAGACGUGAUUUAAAUGUUUUGCAAACCAUUUGUCGCCACAAAUCGCGCUCAAGAAGUGAUGACAAGACAACCGCUGCGACCGCUCUUCACGUGUUGGGCAACGGAUCCGAAGCCAACGCCAGCUCUGUCUGCCUAUCGGUUGACCACAAGUUAUAUCUCUUUAAUUGUGGCGAAGGUUUGCAGCGAUUGGUUCCCCAAUACAAUUUAAAACUAACCAAAUGUCAGAAUCUGUUCAUCACAUCAAACAACUGGUCCCGCGUUUCGGGCAUUUCUGGUCUACUCUUAACUCAAUUGGAUUCCGGAGUCAAACACUUCUCAAUACAUUCAAUAGAUUCCGAAAAACUCUUUGAUUUCAUCUCUUUUUUCGACCAUAAAUUAGACACAAAUUUGUUUAAAUUAAUUGAUUAUAGACUUCAAGACAUGAAAUUGUUUAACGAUAAAAGUGUUAAAAUAAAUGCAGUUAUUAUCGAUAGUGACGACAAGAAUGUGACAACAAUUGCAUACUUUUGCAAUAUUGGGGCAAAAAGUGGUCAACUUUUGUUGGAUAAGUGCUUUCAUCUGAAUAUUCCUCGACAUCUAUUACCAAAACUUCUUUCGCGCGAAUCAGUUGUUCUCGAAAAUGGCGUUCGAAUCGAUUGCUCGCAAGUGUUGACACCCGAAGAGCCGGAACAGUGUGUAGUGAUUAUUGACUGUCCGUCCGAACAGUUCUUGAGCUGUAUUUUACAAAAUAAAGAAUUUACACAUAAUUUACACAACAAUAAGCAUUUGAUUGAAUGUGUGGUUCAUAUGACACCCGAAUGUGUGAUCACUUCCAGUGCUUAUCAAUUAUUGAUUCGUGAAUUCAGUGACGAAACCAAACAUUUGGUUCUUAACGAAGAGAACCCAAACUUUGGUUUGUUUUCAUUACACAGAACUCAAUAUCAAUUGAAUUCUUUGGACACAAAAGUGUUUCCUUUGAUUAACGAAAGAAUUGAAACGAAGAAAGAAAUUAAAUAUAAGUUAUUAAAUGAAAACCGGAAUCUAAUUGAAUGCCAAACAGGACUUCAAUACGUGUUGAGACCACCGAUAGAGAAGGGAUUGUCUCUUAAAAGCCUGGAAUUAGUGAAUCUCAAGUUCUUGAAAGAAGACGCUCUCAAAGACCAUGAAUUGGGCGAAAGAGAGGGUUUGGAGGAAUGCAUCCGUGAGUUGAAAGUAAAGCAACAUUUGUUAGAAAAAAGUCAAAACCAAGUCAAUGGAAAUGAAGACAAUUAUCCGGAGAUUGUAUUUUUGGGCACCACUUCGGCUCAACCGACAGCUAAUCGUAACGUUUCGUCAAUUUUAGUGAAUAUCAGUAAAGAGUCGGCACUCCUUCUGGAUUGCGGUGAAGACACUUCCGGACAGUUAUUGAGAUUUUAUGGCUCAACACAUAUGCAAACAAUUUAUGCUAAUAUGAAAGCGAUUUUUGUCUCUCAUAUGCACACCGAUCAUCACAUGGGACUCAUUCGGCUCAUUAAGAAUCAUUACAAAUACACCAAUCAAUCAAUUGUUGUAUUUAUUCCUCCGCUUGUAAUCGUUUGGUUGCGAAGAUAUAACCAACAGUUUGAAGACAUUAGCUCUCAAUACGUGUCGUAUUCAACGACUAAACUCAAGAAUAUUGAAAUCAACCAAUUAUUAAAAGAAUUAAGACUGAAGGCAGUGGAAGCGAUUCCAGUCAUCCAUUGUUUGGAUUCGUUUGGAGUUGUGUUGGAAACGGAAGACAACAAAAAGAUUGUGUAUUCAGGAGACGCCGAACCGAGCGAUCAAUUGAUAGAAAGGGGACGUAAUUGUCAUCUAUUGAUACACGAGGCGACACAAGACGACUCGUUGGUGCCUUUGGCCAGAGAUCAGUUCCACUCGACUGUCUCGGAGGCCAUACAAGUGGGCAGAAAAAUGAACGCAAACUUCACUAUAUUAACACAUUUUAGCACAAGAUAUGCGAAAAUGCCUUUAAUUCCAGACAUUGAACACAAUAGCCAUGACUUUGGCAUCGCUUACGACUUUAUGAGAGUAACGAUUCCUUCAUUGAAUCGUUUGCCACUUCUGUUGUCUCCUCUCCGGUGUCUCUACUCUUCACAUCUCCUCAAACUUAAAAACUUAAUGAACAUAAAUAUUAUGUCUGGAUGUGGUGUCCCUAUCGAUGGUGUCUUUGUGUUCAAAGGCUGGGUUUACAUAAGAGGAGCCGUUAGUACAGCGAACCACUGGUAUAGCGUUAAUGGGCUCUCGUUUCCGAAAAUAUCGUGCACUUCGUCUCAAGAGAUUAACUCUUGGGAUAUGAAAGUACUUCCAAAACCAUUGGUUCUCUUCCUCUUCGGU